AUGGCUUCGUCGCAAGGCAAGGCUGAGCCGAAAUACGCAGACUGGAUGGCAAGUUUGCCUCCGGGCAUCCAGAGCCUGCCCCUGUCGAAUCUGGCGAUCCCAGGGUCUCAUGAUUCGUUUAGCUUCUACAUCGAUGAAGCCUCUCCAGUUGGACCCGAGCAACCAGAAACUGUCCAGAACUUUGUCUCCGUGUUUGGAACUGUGGCUAAAAAGCUGAUGAGAAAAUGGCUGGCAACACAAACGAUGAAUUUUACAAGCCAGCUGGCAGCAGGUAUACGGUAUUUUGAUCUCAGAAUCUCCACAAAGCCCAGAGACCCUGACAAUGAACUCUACUUUGCUCAUGGUCUGUUCAGUGCCAAAGUCAAUGAAGGUCUUGAGGAGAUCAGUGCCUUUCUUGCUGACCAUCAUAAGGAAGUGGUCUUCUUGGACUUCAACCACUUCUAUGGAAUGCAGAAAUGUCACCAUGAAAAACUGGUCCAAAUGCUCAAAGACACUUUUGGGAGUAAAAUGUGCCCUGCUAUAUUUGCUCAUGAAGUUUCUCUCCAGUACCUCUGGGAGAAGGAUUACCAAGUGUUGGUAUUUUAUCACAGUCCAGUGGCUCUGGAGGUCUCAUUUCUGUGGCCAGGACAGAUGAUGCCAGCGCCAUGGGCAAACACCACAGACCCAGAUAAACUGAUCCAGUUUCUCCAGGCAUCAAUCAUUGAGAAAAGAAAGAAGGGCUCUUUUUUUAUAUCUCAGGUGGUGCUGACCCCAAAGGCUAGCACGGUGGUCAAGGGGGUCACCAGUGGUCUCAGAGAAACCAUCACAGAAAGAGCUCUCCCUGCCAUGAUGCAGUGGGUCCGGACUCAGAGAGCGGGCGAAAGCGGUAUCAACAUCGUCACGGCGGACUUCGUAGAACUCGGCGACUUCAUCGGCACAAUCAUAAAGCUGAACUACAUCUUGGAUGAAGGCGAACCCGAUACGACUUGA